AUAAAACUGAAAGUGGAAUGGCGACCGAUUUCAGUUCUGAAUAACAAGGAAGUGUAGAGUGUAGUGUUGAAAGUGAUAAACUGUUUCUGCUAAAUCGCGUUUCUGGAUUACGUUAGAGUGCCAUAAUGAAGUCCUACCUCGCUGUGGCAACCAUUGCUUUUUAUGCCAGCAUUGUGAAAGCUGGUCAAUUAAUAUCGUCGUAUAACUUAAUAUCUCCACCGCCACUGGUUUACCCUGGAACAUACAGUUUAGGCCAUGCACCGCAAUACUAUCCUGAUCCAUCGCCGUCUUUAAGUUUUCCUGCCCAUCCGAAAGCCGUGGAAACAUCGCUGGAGGAAUCGGUCAUACCGAGCGAAUUGAAAAAGUCCGACAACUUUUACAGCAAUCCUAAUGUAGCGAGCGCCCUCGCCAGAGAAUCGUUAAACUUUAACAAGGAGACCGUAAUUUACGACAGACCUUCGGAAAAAAUUAACAGACAGGAAAUUGCGAAAUUAAUCAAUAAUUUGUACAGAGUCCAUCACGAAAAUAAAUAAAACUUAAACUUAGUCUUUAUUGAUUGUCACAAUGAUAAAACUCAUUAGCUGUUAAUGUUUCGUACGUGUAAAUACUGUUGUACAAAUAGAUAAUACUUUUGUAUUUAUUUUUAACUUAGUGCCAUGUUCAUAAAGUAUAUUUUUAAGGAUAGAGUUGUUUGAAUUU